AUGGCAUCUGCUAGCUCCAGCAGGGCAGGAGUGGGCCUGCCUUUUGAGAAGUCUCAGCUUACUUUGAAAGUGGUGUCAGCAAAGCCCAAAGUGCACAGUCGCCAGCCUCGCAUUAACUCUUUUGUGGAGGUGGCAGUGGAUGGGCUCCCCAGUGAGACGAAGAAGACGGGGAAACGAAUUGGGAGUUCUGAGCUACUCUGGAAUGAGAUCAUCGUCUUGAAUGUCACAGCACAGAGCCACUUAGACCUGAAGGUCUGGAGCUGCCAUACCCUGAGAAAUGAGUUACUGGGCACUGCUUCUGUCAACCUCUCCAAUGUGCUGAAAAACAACGGGGGUAAAAUGGAGAACACGCAGCUGACUCUGAACCUGCAGACAGAGAACAAAGGCAGCGUUGUCUCAGGCGGAGAGCUGACAAUUUUCCUGGACGGACCAACUGUUGAUCUGGGAAGUGUGCCUAACGGCAACGCCGUGACAGACGGAGCACAGCUACCUGGGAGAGAGCCCAGUGGGACAGCUCCAGCGACUGAGGCACGGCACCAGCCGCCCAGCACAAACUGUUUCGGAGGCCGAUCCAGGACACACAGACAUCCCGUUGGACCAACCAGAACCACCACAGCAAAUAGUGAGCAGAGCCCCAAUAGCAGAAAUCGACAUCGGCAACCAGCCAAGAGUCAGAACCAUAGUGGCUUGGCCAAUGGGACAGUGAAUGGAGAGUCUGCAGCAGCUACUGAUACUGAAGAGCGGCCUGUGGUUGGUGUAACUUCCCCCCCUCCUGCAGUAUCAAGUGUGACCCCUACCCCUGGGGCUGCCUCACUCCCGGCCACAGCAGAACCCAGAGAAGGAGAGGAACCAGCUUCCAGUGUGAGUGCCCAGCAGCCCCUUACAGCAACACAGGCUUCAGAAACGCUGCCUCCUGGGUGGGAACAACGAGAAUUGCCCAAUGGGAGGGUCUAUUAUGUUGACCACAAUACGAAAACAACUACCUGGGAAAGGCCUCUUCCUCCAGGCUGGGAAAAGCGUGUGGACCCUCGAGGAAGAUACUACUAUGUGGACCACAAUACUAGGACUACUACCUGGCAGCGUCCAACAGCAGAAUAUGUGAGGAACUAUGAACAGUGGCAGUCCCAAAGGAAUCAGCUCCAAGGAGCCAUGCAACAGUUCAGCCAAAGAUUCCUCUACCAGUCUUCUGGUGCCUCAUCCGAUCACGAUCCACUCGGCCCCCUUCCUCCUGGCUGGGAAAAGAGGCAGGACAAUGGGCGGGUGUAUUAUGUUAAUCACAAUACACGUACCACCCAAUGGGAAGACCCUCGUACCCAAGGGAUGAUUCAGGAGCCUGCCCUGCCCCCAGGCUGGGAGAUGAAAUACACCAGCGAGGGAGUCCGCUAUUUUGUGGACCACAACACGCGUACUACAACUUUUAAGGAUCCACGUCCUGGAUUUGAAUCAGGGAGCAAGCAAGGAGGUUCUCCAGGAGCCUAUGAUCGAAGCUUCCGCUGGAAGUAUCACCAGUUCCGUUUUCUCUGCCAUUCAAAUGCCCUUCCCAGUCACGUGAAGAUCAGUGUGUCCAGGCAGACACUUUUUGAGGAUUCUUUUCAACAGAUCAUGAACAUGAAGCCAUAUGACCUACGUCGCCGGCUGUACAUCAUCAUGCGUGGUGAGGAGGGCCUGGACUAUGGUGGCAUUGCCAGAGAAUGGUUCUUCCUCCUGUCUCACGAGGUGCUCAACCCCAUGUAUUGUUUGUUUGAAUAUGCUGGGAAAAAUAACUACUGUCUGCAGAUCAACCCGGCCUCCUCCAUCAACCCGGACCACCUCACCUACUUCCGCUUCAUCGGCAGGUUUAUAGCAAUGGCACUUUAUCAUGGUAAGUUCAUCGACACUGGCUUCACUCUCCCCUUCUACAAGCGCAUGCUAAACAAGAGACCAACGCUGAAGGACCUGGAAUCCAUCGAUCCUGAAUUCUACAACUCCAUUGUUUGGAUCAAAGAAAACAACCUGGAGGAGUGUGGGCUAGAGUUAUAUUUCAUCCAGGACAUGGAGAUCCUGGGUAAAGUGACAAGCCAUGAACUGAAGGAAGGAGGCGAGAGCAUCCGUGUCACUGAGGAGAACAAAGAAGAAUACAUCAUGUUGCUGACAGAUUGGAGGUUUACCCGCGGUGUAGAAGAGCAGACCAAAGCUUUCUUGGACGGCUUCAAUGAAGUGGCUCCUUUGGAAUGGCUCCGCUAUUUCGAUGAGAAGGAACUGGAGUUGAUGCUGUGUGGCAUGCAGGAGAUCGAUAUGGCUGACUGGCAAAAGAAUACCAUCUACCGUCACUACACCAAGAACAGCAGACCCAUCCAGUGGUUCUGGCAGGUGGUAAAGGAGAUGGAUAAUGAAAAAAGGAUCCGCCUGCUGCAGUUUGUCACAGGCACCUGCCGCCUGCCUGUGGGAGGAUUUGCAGAACUCAUUGGUAGCAAUGGACCCCAAAAGUUCUGCAUUGACAAGGUUGGCAAGGAAACCUGGCUCCCUCGGAGCCACACCUGUUUCAACCGUCUGGAUCUUCCCCCCUACAAGAGUUAUGAACAGCUGAAAGAAAAGCUACUAUAUGCCAUUGAAGAGACAGAAGGUUUCGGACAAGAGUAAUGAAGAGCAGCCCUCUCUUGAAUUGCCCCCAGUGGCUGGGCAGUAACUAAGUCCUGUCCGUGUGGCAGCAGGACAUUUGAUUCUCGAGGUCCCCAGAAGGUGGUGGGGUGGGGGUCUCUAGCUCCCCUUGCAUUGGCAGAUUUUCCCAGGCCCUCGUGCCCAUGAGCUCCUGUUCCCACUCUUGGCGGCCAGCUGGUGGGAACCUGGAAUGGAGCCUGGAAUAAUCCAUCAGUCCUCUCCUCACUGUGCGUGCAUGUGCGUGUGCGUGCAUGUGUGAGAGUGUGUAUGUGUGUCUCUGCGUGUGUCUGUAUGUGUGAGCAUCCUGGAUCGGAAAGCAGAGGUCCAGAAUCUCCGUGAAGGUGUUCCUUCCUUCCUUCUUCCAGUGCUGGAGGAUCACAUUUGAGAAUGUGAUGGGGAAGACACCCCUAUUUUCAUUGGACCAAGCAAAUGCCCAGAAGAAGGGGUGGUGAGAGAUACAGGUUAGAUAAUCUUGGUGGAGGGUUUCCUGGCCUUUCCCAAUAGCAGAAAUUUUGAUGUUUGAAAUAGAAGUUUAAAAUUAUUUUUAGUGAUUCAUUGAAAUUGAAUGUGAGUGUGAGGGAUUUUAGGGGCAGCCUGAAGGCCGGGCUGAGCCCGUCACACCUCCUCUGUGGAAGCCCAGCAGAGGCACUACAAGUCACUGGGUAGAGGAGGAGGGUGAGGCCAUGGCAGUGGUCAUUCCAGGUCCUUUGCAUCCUUUAAACCUGAAGCAGAUCAUGGAGGGCCUUUGGGGUGAUGCUACUGCCUCUCCAUGGAGUUCGGCUGGGACCUUGGGGGAACCAGGCUCCGAAGACUCAAGUUCUCCACUAAACUCAGCCCCACCCCCCAACUGAACCUCCCCCCAAACACAGUCGAAGGUCCUCUGAGUCUAGUGGCCUUAAGAGGACUGCCUAGGCUUGCAAUGGCCAUUUCCCUAAAGGCAGGGGCUCGAUGCAGAAACAUCUUCUCCUGAAAGCUUCCCUGGAACAGGGCCCAGCUUGGCAGCAGCUGGAGACUUGGGAGAACCGAGCAGCCUGGUUCCCUGUCCCUUCCUCUGGAGUCCUCGGGUCCCUGCCAGUGAGGGGGCUUCAGUCGGUGAGCCCUGCGCAUAGGCUUCUGGUUCUCUGGGCCAGGGUCCUUCCUCCCUGCUCAGUGCGCCCCAUUAUCUCCUGUUUUGGAAUGAGAUGGGAAGUGCCAUAGUUGGCUGGUGAAGACAGGCUUCAUUCUGCCCCCGCUGAAUUAGCUCCUUUAGCUGGCAGGAAAGGAAGACGGGAAGCGGCACUUUCUGCCCGCAGUGUCUGGGCCUCCGUGUUUGCUUUUCCCCUCUUGCCUUCUUGAUUCUGGCAGGCUCCCGACGCCUUUUUAUUUCCUUCCUCCUUUCUGAAAUGUGUUCCUUUGAAGGCGGCCUUUACUCAAGGAGCCCCCAAAUGCCUGCGUCCCCUCCUCCCUGCCCAGCCCGACCCGACCUGUGCCAUAGGGUUCUAGCUUUAAAGUAGGCUUCUUGGCGGCUGCUCCCUGGCUGGUCCAGUUCUUCGGACCUGAGCCUGGCAGCGCCACAUUGAUGUGUGUCGUGCGUCCCCCUUUGGAUGAUGCCUCGCUCAGGGUGGGGGGGGGCAACCUUUGUUUCUUCAGUGGUUUGCCACGUGGCCCUACCACCCUUUAGGUCAUGCAAGCUGCGGGGGCUGGAAGCCGCCUGCCUCGGCUCUGAGGUGUCACAAC